AUGGUUGAUAGAGCGAGAGCACUUGGUGAUCGGCCAUCAAUGGAGGAUUUAUACAUAUUUCGUGCAAUGGUCCGGAAUGAAGGAGAAAAUUGCUUGACAUAUGUGUACGAGGCUGAUAGGCUUAAUGUACAAGCCGAUUAUAGAAGAGAUGAGGUACAUGAUGAUCAUUUACAUUUCCCUGUUCGUAGGCGAGGAAAAGGUGGUGUUGCUGGUAGGAUGACUCGUGCUGUUGAGAAAGGACGAGCGCCUAUUGAAAUUGACAAAUCAGUCUCCGAAGAUGAUCAUACAACUUCUGAUAUUGGUUCCAUUUCAAGGGGCCAAACUCAGGAUUUCACUCCUAGGGCAUCAGGUAUGACAUAUCAACCAACAAAUAUUGAUUUUGUCCCAUACACGACGUCACAAAUAUUAAGGAAUCCAAGUCUUUCGUUACUUAAGAAUGUAUUUGGUGGUUCUCGGCCUCAACAUUUUGAGAAUGCCCCCAACUUUAAUUCAUCACCUGGGCUGCCAAUGUCCAUUGAGACCCCUGAUGUUGUUAAUCAUUUAGAGGACUCCAACAAUAAUAUAGAAAGUAAUGAGUUGGAUGAUUCCAACGAUGAAGUGGAGAAUGCAAACGAAUCUGGUGAACCAUCAGUGAAGGAGAAGCUUACGAUUUUUCCUAAGCGUUGUGGGACUGGGAGUCACUAUCUUCGCCAGCAUGGCAAAAAGAAACAAGCAAAGAGAAACAAAGAACUGUAAUUGAGAGGCUUCAUUGUACUCAUCCUCUCUCUCCUCUCUCUUCUCCCUUGGGUUUGCAGAUCCAUCUCUCUCCUCUUUUCCUUUGCUCUUUCUCGAAACACCGCAGUAUAAUGAUCUCCCCUGCGAGCUUGUGCAAAGCUAUUUGGACGAAGUAAAUGACAAUAAUUUCUGGCGUUGGAUUUCAAUUUUGGACUUUCUACUCGAGAGUUGUGUGUCCCGGCAUUUAUUGGACCAUGAAGUAUUGAAAGAGAAAGAAGUGAAAAAUCAUGUAAAUCAAUCUUGUAUUAGUUGCGUGUCCAAUUAUAUAAUAUCAAACAUUUCGAGUUGUUUGAA